UUGGUAAACAAGCCAGUUCACCAAACCCAGACGACAAAAACUUGGGGGGAAACCAGGGGGAGACAGCAUCUGGUUUUGCACUCUAACAAACUGCUAAAAAUCUUAUCCUCUUCUUCUCUAUUAUUAUAUAAAUAGAACUCAUCGAAUCUCAUCUUCUUCAUAGACAAUUCUCACAAAGCAAUUUUCCAUUUUACAAACAAAAAAGCAAAGCAAGCGUUUCUCUGAUAGAUAUUUGCAAUUAAUUAAAAAGAAAAGAAAAGAUGAGUUCAAGGAGCAAAGCAUGGUUAGUGGCAGCAACCAUUGGAGCUGUGGAGGCUUCCAAAGACCAAUUAGGUCUAUGCAGGUGGAAUUACAUGAUCCGAUCGGUGAAUCAACGUAUCCGAAAUAAUGUGAGAUCUGCUACUCAGGCGAACAGGUUCUCUUCUUCGUCCACCACCGUCGUGUCUUCCGGUAAAGAUGGUGACAAGGCCAAGCAAGCUGAGGAGUCUCUCAGGACAGUCAUGUACUUGAGCUGUUGGGGUCCUAAUUGAUGACGAUGGAUCAAAGAUUGGAUCCGACAGGUUUUAUCUAUGUUGCGGAGUUUACAAUCGAAAGCCCAAGAACUCUAGAUCGGAGGAAACUACGGAGUUUUGGCGUUUUGAUGGGUUGUUUUCGAAUGCACAUGAUUAAAUUGUAGAGGCAAAAAUGGUAAUUGUACAAAGUGUAGAUGAAUAUAACAUUUUAUGAUCA